UGAAUAUGUUGUGUUGCCGCCUUGGCAAUGGGCCUACAGCCGGGGCGAAUGGCGGAGGGCAGUGAGAGAUUGUAUUGGAUGUGCCAAUGUCGCACUACACAAAACUAUUUUGUCCGAUCUGCUGAGAAGCACUUCUCGUACACUGGCGAUGACGCUUCGUUCUUGGAGGAGCAUCGCCAGGAGCUCCAGGACCUCGGCGUGUCGGAGGAGGAGGUCCUCAAAGAUCUACGGAGGCAGCGCCAGGAGCGUCUCAAGGCACCAGAGGAGUCGUUGCAGCGGGUGCAGCGCAUCCAGAACGAGUACACCCCUUUGCGGCCAGAGGUUUACAAGCUGGAUGAGCUUUCCUACCUGCAAGAUGGCUUUCGUCAACUUGUCGCGGAGAUGCGCAAGCCAGGAGCCAAGGUGAUCUCAGGAGCGAAAGAACGAAAGAUCUUGGAAGAGGUUCGGCCAGGAAUUUGGACUUUCCCAGUCUUUACAGAGGCCUUUUGUGAUCAACUGGAAUGUGAACUCCGCAAUUUUCAUGAUUCCGGCUUGCCGCGCACCGCGCCCAACACCAUGAACCGAUUCGGCAUCAUUAUGUCUGAGUUGGGCUUUUGUGAGCAUUUGCUUGAUCCUUUGGUCUUUGAGUAUGUGAAUGUGGUGGCCACGCGACUUCUCCCUGCCUUUUGUGAAUGCUUGGACUCCUACCGCGCCUUCACAGUCCUUUACGAGGCGGAGCGGGAUGGUGACAAAGAGUUGGCCAUGCACUACGACAAUGCAGAGGUCACUCUGAAUAUCAACAUCGGUGGUACAUGGGAUGGUGGCAAUGUGGUCUACUACGGCUUGGCAACCAGUGCUGAAGGUCCCCCCAUGGAAGCCACCCUGCGGCGUGGCUGGGGCGUGCUUCACGCUGGCUUAGAGCUUCAUCGAGCAACGCCCAUCUCGCAGGGGCGCCGGCACAAUCUGAUCCUUUGGUGCCGAUCCUCAGGGGUGCGGAAUGCACCUGGCCGGUGGUCCCAAAGCUCUUUUUCUCAGAUGCUCAAAGUGUGGAACCCCAAAGCUGGAAAUGCCCAUGGUUAGAUAUUGGGGAAACUGGUUGCUAGAAUUUUGUACAUUUGGAUCUGUCCCCACGAUUGUGGCGGCCAUGCUGUUCAAGCACACCUAAGGACUUGUGCCCCAUGUGCUUCAAGCAGCCCAUUGUUGUCCCUACUAAUCGUUACUACCAUGAAGGAUUUACAGUGCCUCCCUGUGAUCAAUCUUCGAGCAUUUCGCGCGACAUGUCAACGGACGACCUCUAUGAUUGAAUUGCGAACCCGUGCAAAGCCGGCAUAGAUGUUUUUCUGUGUUCAACUUGCAGUUGGAAUGGCUGUAUCACCCUCCACGAGCACCAAAAAGGACUAUAUAGUGUCUACUGAGUCACAGAGCUGGCCAGAAACAAAUGCCGUUUGGACUGGCCUGUGGAUCUAAUUAUGACACGCAGCCGUGCAAUGUGUACAGAAACUUGCUUGCUACAGAGCCAGGCUGCGAAGGAGCCAAACAUUGGCUGCGGACAUAAACGAUCUGCAAAACAAGGGCCAUGGGAGCAUGA